AUGCUGACGAAGAAGUCACUAGACGUAGCAUCUACAUCCAGGGCUCGAAGAGAAGGCCCGCACCAGCCCCAGAUCACCGACAGAGGGCGCCGCAGACACGAGGGCGAGGGCGGGGUCCUCGGCCGGGUGGAGCCCCCGGGUGGAGUCCAGAGGAGUUGGAAGGCAGAGGUGAGGCGAGCAGAAAGGGAAGAGCAAAUUAGAGGUAAUGAGAGAAGGGACGGCGUCCCGUACCGGCCUGGGAGAGAGGACUCCACCACCGCUUGCGUGCCCGAGCCUCAGUUUCCUCCUUUACAGCACGGAUGCGCUCGCACGCCGCGUGCUGCGCAAGCGCUGGGGCUUUCUGGGCCCGGGAACCCGCAGCGUGCGCUCGGGGACGGGUGGGGCGCGGGGCGAUGCUGGGCUGUAGCACUUGGGGUCAACUCGGGCUCAAGUCCUGGCUGCCGCCCGAGCUCUGCGCCUCGGUUUGCUCAUCGGCGCAACGGGGUGGAAGAGGCCGCCUCGCCCGGUGAGGCCGAGGGGGGCUGCUCGCCUGGGGGAGGGGCGGGAGCUGGGGCUGGCAGCCAGGCCGGGGGUUUUGUGUGUGAGAAGAAUAGGGGUUUGGCCCGCGUUGGCACACUCGCUUCCCUGAAUGCUAAUGGGGCCCGCGGCCGCAGGCUCCUCUCUUCCCGGCGGGGCCCCGCAGCGGCAGGAGUGGGCAUGGUGAGCGCCAGCGCGUCCCGGGAGCGCGCUCUGUGGGAGCGUUCGUGCCGGCCGUCGGGCAGGGGUGCCCGACAGUCCAGCGUGCUGGUCUCGGGGUGUCGCCAGAUGGUCAGCCUGCGAUCCCGAGACUGGCGGACCUCCUCUGACACCUCGCUGUCUAGUCUCCUACUGUGCACCUCACUGUAUAAUGGGGAGUACGCUGAGGGCGUCAGUGAGCGAGACAUCCUGCUCAUCCACUCCUGCCGCCAGUGGACGACGGUGACAGCCCACACCCUAGAAGAGGGCCACUACGUCAUCGGGCCCAAGAUUGACAUCCCCCUGCAGUACCCAGGGAAGUUCAAGCUCCUGGAGCAGGCCCGGGAUGUGCGGGAGCCGGUGAGGUACUUCAGCAGCGUGGAGGAGGUGGCCAGCGUCUUCCCUGACCGCAUCUUUGUGAUGGAAGCCAUCACCUUUAGCGUCAAGGUGGUGUCCGGCGAGUUCAGCGAGGACAGCGAGGUGUACAACUUCACGCUGCACGCGGGCGACGAACUCACGCUCAUGGGCCAGGCGGAGAUCCUGUGCGCCAAGACCACCAAGGAGCGCUCGCGCUUCACCACCCUCCUGCGCAAGCUGGUGAAGGAAGAGUGCCGCUUGCUUAACGCCCCGCCUGUGCCUCCCCGGGGUGGCAGCGCCUGUGGCCGGCUCUCAGGCAGCCCCCCGGUUCCCCCUCGCUUCCCCAAGCUGCAGCCUGUCCACUCCCCCAGCUCCAGCCUCUCCUACUACUCCUCUGGCCUCCAGGAUGGGGUGGGCUCCCGCAGUGGCAGCGGCUCCCCGUCGCCGGACGCCUACUCCCUCUAUUGCUACCCUUGCACCUGGGGAGACUGCAAGGUGGGCGAGCCCUCCAGCCGCCCGCCGCCCGGACCACUGCCCUCGACCACGCAGCCCAGCCAGGCCUCCAGGGUCCUUGCCGAGCCCCUGAGUGGUCGCGCCACCUCCCUCCUGGGGGCCGACACCCCUGCCAAGACCUACCACAGCUGCCCACCUCUGCUCAAGCCCUCGCACCCCCAGAAGCGCUUCGCUCCGUUUGGAGCGCUCAACCCCUUCUCCGGGCCCACCUACCCCUCCGGCCCUACGGCGGCCUCUUCUGGGCCCACAGCAACCUCGGGGCCCGUGGCUACCUCCAGCCCUGCGUACUCCCCAGGCCCGGUCUCGCCAGGCCAGGCCUAUUCAGCUGCUCCCCCGGCCUCCUGUCCCACGUCCUCUUCCUCUUCCUCUGAAUGGCAGGAACCGGCCCUGGAGCCCUUCGAUCCCUUUGAGCUGGGGCAGGGCAGUUCUCCAGAGCCUGAGCUGCGACGCGGUCAGGAGCCCAGAGCCAUGGGGGUGGCUGGGCCCGGCCCCCACCUUUCACCGCUUGGUGCCCCCAAGGCCUUCGAGCCUGAAGGUUUGGUGCUGCGGCAGGUCCCCACCCCACUGUCACCAGCUGCCCUGCAGGGGCCUGAGGCAGGAGGAGCACGACUCUUUCUCACUCAAGGGCGCCUGGAAGGGCCUCCUGCCAGUCCCUGGGAUGGAGCCACAGGCUUCGGAGGCCGGGAUGCCGCCUCCUGGCAGCCCCCCGCUGACCUGUCUGCACUCUCCCUGGAGGAGGUCUCUCGCAGUCUGCGUUUCAUUGGGCUCUCGGAGGACGUGGUGAGCUUCUUUGCCCGAGAACGCAUCGAUGGCAGCAUCUUUGUGCAGCUCAGUGAGGACAUCCUGGCAGACGACUUCCACCUCACCAAGUUGCAGGUCAAGAAGAUCAUGCAGUUCAUCAAAGGCUGGCGGCCCAAGAUCUGAACUAGCCGGCCUGAGCUGCACAGCGAGAAUGCUGGCACAGAGGCCUGGGGACAGCACUCCCAGAGAAGCAGGGCCUGGCUACUGGGAGAGUCUAUGCUAAGACCCAGUGGAUCCAGGGAGACGCACUUGGAAAUGUGGUCCUCUGGGGUCAGACCCCUGCACGGGAUGUCUUGCCUUUGA